UCGACUGCUCUUCCUCCUCUCACCCCGGAAAUCGCUGCGGCUCUCCCGGCUCCCCGCGAACCCCCCAACCAUCCAAACCCUAGCCCUUACACUAACCACCGAUUUCCAUUCCACUCCCGCUCGUUGAUCUCCCUCAUCGCCCCUCCUCCCAUGGCCGCCGCUAUCGCCGCCGUCGCCGCCUCAUCCUCCCCCUUCCGGCGUGGACGAUGAGCGCCUUCGGCCCCGCCACCUCCCGGAUCCUCCUCGGACUCCGCCGCCCGCCGCUCCCCUUCCACCGGCCCCCGCUGCCCCCCGUCCCCGUCCGUUUCCACCGCCACAAGCCAUGGCAACCCCGCCGCAUUCUCGACCCCGGCGGCGACGUCGUCCUCAGGUGGAACCGCGUCUUCCUCAUCUCCUGCCUCAUCGCCCUCUUCAUUGACCCCCUCUACUUCUACCUCCUCUACAUCGGCGGCCCCGUCUGCGUCCAGAUCGACCCCUUCAUCCGCGGCAGCGUUACCAUCUUCCGCACCAUCGCCGACCUGUUCUACCUCGCCCACCUCAUACUUAAGUUCCGCAUCGCCUUCAUCUCCCCCAGCUCCCGGGUCUUCGGCCGUGGCGAGCUCGUCACCGACCCCAACCAGAUUGCCAUGCGCUACCUCAAGGGCGAUUUCAUCAUCGAUCUCGCCGCCACACUCCCGAUCCCUCAGAUACUAAUAUGGUUUGUGAUACCAGCAGUGAGUAGCUCAACGGUGAAUCACACUAAUCAUACUCUUUCCCUGAUUGUCCUGCUCCAGUAUAUUCCGAGGUUAUUUCUUAUUUUUCCUUUGAAUGCACGGAUUGUCAAGGCAACUGGAGUACUUGCAAAGACUGCAUGGACUGGAGCUGCAUAUAAUCUCCUUCUCUAUAUGCUAGCAAGUCAUGUAUUAGGAGCUUUAUGGUAUCUUUUGUCCAUUGAGCGCCAGUAUAACUGUUGGAUAACUGAGUGUGCAAAAGAAAAUGGCACCAAUAAUACAGCAAAAUGUAUUUCUAGGUUUUUGGACUGCAGUACUGUGAAUUUACCUGAACGAAAAGCCUGGCUUAACUCCACCCUUGUGCGGGUUAAUUGUGACGCUACUAGUGAUAAGACCCAGUUCAACUUUGGCAUUUUUGCAGAUGCUUUGAGUAAUGAGGUUGUUUCAGGGACCUUCCUUGACAAGUACCUCUAUUGCCUCUGGUGGGGUUUGAAAAACUUAAGUUCAUAUGGACAGGACUUGGUGACCAGCACUUAUGUUGGAGAAACAUCAUUUGCAAUUCUUAUAUGUAUUGUGGGUCUUGUUCUGUUUUCACAUCUAAUUGGAAACAUGCAGACCUACUUGCAAUCAAUGACUGUGAGACUUGAAGAAUGGAGAGUCAAACGAAGAGAUAUCGAGGAGUGGAUGAGGCAUCGCCAACUGCCACCAGAUUUGCAAGAAAGAGUUCAGCGGUACGUUCAGUAUAAGUGGCUUGCUACUAGAGGUGUAGAUGAAGAAGCCAUUUUACAUGCUUUACCUUUGGACCUUCGCCGUGAAAUUCAGCGCCAUUUAUGUCUUGCCCUUGUUCGACGUGUCCCAUUCUUCUCACAAAUGGAUGAUCAACUACUGGAUGCCAUAUGUGAACGCUUGGUCUCAUCCCUGAGCACCAAGGAUACCUACAUUGUUCGGGAAGGCGACCCAGUCAAUGAGAUGCUCUUCAUCAUCCGAGGCAACCUCGAAAGCUCUACCACCAAUGGUGGUAGAACUGGAUUCUUCAACUCCAUAACCCUCAGACCAGGUGAUUUCUGUGGUGAAGAGUUGCUGACAUGGGCCUUGAUGCCAAAUCCGAGUGCCAACCUUCCAUCAUCCACUCGAACUGUUCGGUCCCUCACUGAGGUCGAGGCAUUCGCUCUCCGAGCUGAGGAUCUCAAAUUUGUGGCCCACCAGUUCAAGCGUCUUCACAGCAAGAAGCUUCAGCAUGCUUUCAGGUUCUAUUCUCAUCAAUGGAGGAGUUGGGGAGCUUGCUUCAUACAGGCUGCAUGGAGGCGGUACAAGAAGAGGAAGCUGGCGAAGGAGCUGGCCACACAAGAAAGCCUCUACUACAUGCAAGGGAUGGAUGAUCAAGGCCCAGCUAGCGAGCAUGAGGGAGCUCCUCUGAUUGCGGAGUACGCUGAUGGUGGUGAAGGCUCAUCAAUGGAAACUGAAAGUGGGAACAUUAAUCAACAUCUAGGAGCGACGAUAUUAGCUAAAAAAUUUGCAAAGAACACGAAGAGGGGAGCUAAUCAGAAGAUCCAUAAGCGCAAACCUUCUGUUGAUGUGGGGAUGCCGAAGCUAAUGAAGCCAGAGGAACCUGAUUUCUCUAUGAACAUUGAGGAUAAUCUGUGAAAGUUGCUUCAUUGUUGUUGUAAUGUGAAUAAGUGUCAAUGGAACUAGUUAGGAUGUAUAUUUUCCUGUACUUGUAGGGACGCUCGCAGUACUUUCUGACAGUAGCAACUUUUGAAGUUGGUGUUGAUAGCUUAUACUAAAUUUUUUACCUCUAUCAAGAGCUGCGCAACCUUUUAAUUGUAGCA